UAUACAAACGCCUUAUCUAUUGGCAAAGGCGCGAUACAUUACGUCAAUUGAAGCUGUCAAGAUGAAAAUUCUAAACAAAAUUAUUCGUCAUUAUUUAGUAGCAGCGUAGGUUUCGUUCGAUUAGCUCCUAAUUUCAAGCAGCUCUCCGUGUCGCGCAGAGUUUCUGCAAUAUUCUGGUUAUUUUUUUUCUUUCGUAUCUCUCGUCUGGUGUGUCUGAACUCUCUUUGUCUAUCGCAAUAAGUAGAUUUGAAACAUGUGAGUAUAAAUUGUGUGGCGAAAUUUCAAAGUUCAUCACAUCGCCAAUUGGAUAAUCUGUUUUGGUUUUGAAAUGCGUAUCAAUUUGGUGUUGUGUGGUCUGAGCGUCUAAUUUUGGUGGAAACCUAUGACCGGAAAAAAUAAAAUAGUGUUGCACAAGCCAAAUCGAAAAUUAGGUUCAAGGAGACAAGUUUAGACAAUCUAAAGAUGUAAUUCGAUCUUAUUUGUUUUAUGUGGUGGUAGAGAAAGAAAGGGAGAAAAAAAAUUCAAAGAGUAGAAAUUAAUCGAUUGUGUCAAGUUUCGUGCGAAAGAAGAUUGAUGAGACAAAUAUUUUACUUUCUAUGUCUCUCCACCCCGUCAUGUGUGUCGCAUUGUUGUUGUUACUGCGCUUCUUUGUUUAUUCACGGUGUGUGCCAGAAUUGCGAGACAAAACCUGCCAACUAUGAAAUUUACAAAAGGAUAUUUCUCAUGCAAGAUAUGGCUGUCAAGUGCUUUUUGUUGUUUUCUACAACUUUUUUUCUUUCUCUCGUUGCUUUCGUCAGGCGACGCAUUUAAAGUUCAUUUGCUUUUAAUUACGACAAACGUGGCAAAUGGAUUUGCAUUUUCAAUUAAAAUUUCAUUUUAGAAUGAACUUUCAACAUGUGCACAUUGUUUGGAUGUUCUGGCGUCAUAGCUGGGUGAGCACGCAACACCAUUUUUUGCUAUUGUAGUGAAUUUUCCCAGCGCCUCGUCAUCAACCCAUUAUUUAAUCCGCAAUGUUGAUUCAUUAAAAAAAAGGAAACAACAACAAAUUCCAAGCAUUACAAUUGAAUCCAUUCACACCGAAAACGGAAAAUGGAAAAUGGCAGAAGGAAAGGGGUGAAAAAUAAAGCAAUGAAAACACACACACACAAUCCUAUACACUAUACACUAUAUAGUUCGAUAGAGGCACAAUAAUAAUUCACCGUUGCGAUUCCAAUCUAGUGGAAGUGGAGGUAAAGAACCACAUUCACACUCACAUACACACACGAUUUAUGUUGGGCAACAGUGUGGCGCUCCGUUCGAAUUGAUUCGUAUGCUUACGUACAUGAGAAACCGAAAAAGUUGUAAUAAAAUAUUAUUCUUUUUUUUUCGACGCGAUUAUGGUCGUAUUUCUCACACCACCCUCAACCGCCCGAGAUUUCUUCGAUUGAGAAAUAGAAGUUGAAGAAAGCCCUAUCGGCAAUCGUCAGAAUUCGACUUUCGUGCAAAACAAUUAAAUUGUAAAACUAGAUUUGGGUCUUUGAAGAACCCAUUGAAAAAGUUUUUUUCUUUUUCGAUGUUAUGAAAGAGCAAAGUUGAAUCGGUUUGGAAUGUUCGAGCGUUGAAGUCCGGCGAGUCCACUCACGAUCAAACUAUAGCAAUGUGCUGUGGGAGAGAGGAAUACAAACAAAAAACAAAAUGAGGAAAGUUUUUUUUAUAUAGAUUCAUAACUUACCACAGGCAUCGAAACACAACAAAGAAAAAAUCAAUAUAACAACAACGACGACGGAAUAACAUUAGAUUGAGUGUACAAGGUGCGUGACUUACGACGACAAGAGUACGAUGUGUGUUGGUGGAUAUUUUGUCUGUUUGCAUGACGUUUCACGUGCAGCACAUAACAUUACAUAAACACCACCACUAACCGAAUCGCUUUCGACGAACGUCAACCGUCCGAACGUCACAAACGCCAUGCAAAUAUUUAUUAUCGUCGUCGUUGUCGUCGUUUCACACUAUUACUGUGACAGGCUAUUGUGAUGUAGUUAUUCGUUCGUUUCCACUAAAAGUGUUCACUCGUAAAAUAAGCGCCUUCUGCUCGCCAUUUGGAUGCUUGGUGUUCAUCUGGUGUACAUAUGUGAUUUACAGUUGAUCGGUGAUUGACGUAAACCGUGCAUCAAGUUACAAAUAAAGAGCGGAAAAAACCCAUUUUCAAAAGAAAAAUAACACAAGCAGCGCUUGCAUCACCCAUAUCGCAUCGACGUAAUUCGCAUAAAUGAAUUGGUGCUGAUUAUCACGAAACAAGAGAGUUAAUUUACGUGGCGACUCUUUCUUGGCAGACAACACAAAUAGGCAAUUCAGUUUGGUCUUGUUUUGUUUUCUAUCUAUUGUUGUUCGCCAACAACAAAAUUAAUCGAACGUUGCAACAGUAGCUGCAGUAAAAUCAAGCGACCGAGAUAUCACACAAUGGCCGAAACACAGGAUUUCAAUGAGAAAUUUUCGCCGGAUGAAAACAUUUUCAUCAACAAACAAGACGGUUUGACAAAUCAGCAUCCAAUAUUGCCGCUUGAAAUGGACGACGAGGAUUUUGAGGAGCAUAACAAAAAACACUCGCCAGAUUCGGAUUCAUUUGAUGAUUUACCUACCUCAUUAAUUGUAACCAACAUACAUUCAGAAGUCUUUACCAAUGAAUCGCAACGCGAAGAGAUUGAAAAUGUGUUUAAAUUAUUUUCGUCAAAUGUAAAAUUUCAAUGGUUUCGCAGUUUCAGGCGAUUGCGCGUUAAUUUUGAUACGGCCGUUGCCGCUGCCAAUGCUCGCAUUCAAUUACACCAGUACCAAGUUGGCAAAUCGAAAAUUAACUGCUAUUUCGCACAGCCAGUUACGCCUGUGACUCACAAAUUUCUACAGCCACCCGCGCCAUACAAACAGUUUUUGAUAUCACCACCGGCUAGUCCGCCCGCCGGAUGGCAACCGCACGAAGAAGGUGAACCAAUUGUUAACCAUGAUCUGUUAGCUGCAUUAGCCAAUUUAAUGCCAGGCGAAAGUCAUGAGCUACAACCACCGUCGACUGAGCAUCCGGGUAUCGUGAUACAUACGGCAAAGGUCAAGGAUGAAAAUGAUGAUGAUAACGAUGAUGAUGAUGAUGAGACCGAUAUACAAGCCCCACAACGUAUCAUCCAAACCAAGUGUCCGGAGCGUGCGUAACCAGUUCGAAAUCGAUAGAAUGCGAUAGAGAAGAAAAAUGUGUGUGUGAAGUGUCCACGUGAUCUGAGCUCCACUAACCAGCUAUAAGUUGGUAUUUGAAUCUUUUUACUGAAUAGAAAUUGUACAUCUCAUGAAUUAAGAGUGAAAUACUAUGCUCUGCCGAGUUAAUAGCGGUGCAAAAGUGAUAUAUUAUUUUGGAUUUUUAGAAUGUAUUGCUCUAAGUUGGCCGAGAAAUGAUCAAAAGAAAUAGGGGAACAAAGUUAUGAAAUGUUCAAAUGUAGAAUGGAGAAAGAGUGUAAGAUGAAAACAAAAUGAAUUUCGAAUUGAAUUGAAACGAAAAGCAUAUCUUUGUGCUGGCUGCUAUCGUUAUAGGUUUUUAGUAUGAAACAAAAGAAAAAAACAAAGUAAAUUUUUCGUCGACUUUAGUGAAUUUUCAUCAAAGGGCCAUCAGCGUCAAAGUGAACGUAAUUUCUCCCUUUUUCUCUCUUCUUUGCGGUAAAAGCAAUGCUUUUAAGCCAGUAAUUCUAUUGUAUUUAGCGUAGUUACUACACAGUUAAUGUAGUUGAAACUAUUUUUGUAACUUUAUUGAAGAAAUUUAAAAGAAAGAAAAUGAAAAAGAACCACGGAACUUCGAUUCGACGGCCAAACAGAGUGUACGAGUGAAGAGCAGACAGGAUUGACAGGAAAAGAGCGACUGAGUGAGUUUUUGAGGAUGUUUCAAUGCAAGAAUACACAGGGGUUGUAUAAUAUUGUUAAAAAUGGAAAUUCAAUCAACGAACCAUCAAACCCAGUUUCCAAAACAAGAUGCCUUACAUUCGUAAGGUUAACUUUUCUACACUCCCAAACAUAUAAUUUCCAAUUAAAUCCAAUUCUCCAUGCAUGAUUUGUUUUUAAAAAAGAAGUGUCACAAUUUAUCUCACUUGCACCUUCUUCACAUAAUAGCUGAGACUAUUGCAAACGAGUUACUAAUUUUCACCUUAUUUUUUACGUACAGUGUACAGCGUACAGUGUAUCACGCACCUACACUACGAGCCAUAAAUAACACUAGAUUUUGCGAUUUACGGCGUUCAAAAAUCGAAAAAGAACUGAUUAUUAAUAGGUCAACAAAUUUAAGGCGAUGGCAAUUCUCAUUUUUUGCGUACAGCGUACAGUGUACCACGCACCUACCCUACGACCCUAAAAAUAUGCUAGAUUUUGCGAUUUUCAGAGCUCGAAAAUCGAAAAAAACUGAUUUUAAGGGGGUCAAAAAAUCGAGGCGAUCCCAAUACUUUUCUUACACGACAUGGUCAUGUGGAAAAGUAAUACUAUAUCAAUAUCAGUGUUUCUGUCAAGAAAAAAAAAAUUCUUUUGCUCUUCAUUGUGCAACUAAUUCGUUUACUGUAUAAAAUUAAAUCAAUUUGGCUUUAAUCAAAAUUGUUCAACAUAUUUUAUCAACUUGGCUUGAUUGAAACAACAAAAAUAAACCUGUUCUAUGUAAUCAAAUAAACUUGAAUGUCAAUUGUCUGUUUAUGUGCAAAACAUUGUGGAGAAACAUAAAAUAACCAAAGCUAAAAUCGUUGUUCCGAACCAAAAAAUACAGUGUAACAUUUUGAACAAAACAAGAAGAAAAAAACUAAAGAACUAUUCCUAUACUAUAUUUAAAAAAAAAUAUGUUCUUCUUCUUUUUCGAAUAAACAAAAGAGAAUAACAACAAGUUUAACAUUUAAAUUUAAAAAAAAAUUAAAUAUUUUUUGAAUUUCAUUAAAUUAUUGAAAUUAGACAAAGUGAAUAAAAUGAAUAAUAGCGUGUAAGGUUUAGCAAAUAGUUUUGAAAAUCAGAUUUUAACAUAAUAAAUAAAUAUAAAAUUUCAAACAGAA